AUAAUUGGUGUAUCACGGGGCAGUGGUGAUUUCUUUUCCAAUCACAAUCAAGUGAGGCAGGAAGAAUUGUCCAUAUAUAAAAUCAAAAUCUCUAAAGAUUAAUUUGGCACAUCCAGAUGUGUCACUUUUCCCUGGGUAAGGAACAAUAUUGUAGAAGAUUUCUUCGACAACUGAUUGACAAGACCAUGGCUUUCUUAUUUAUGAGCUUUUCAGGCUCACUGACCAUACUUACCACCGUCGUCACCUUCUUCACACUCAUUUUCUCACCUUUUCUCUACUCACAGUCACUGUCACUCUUCAUCAUCUGAAAAACUUGUUACCAGAGAAAAAAUAAUGAAGAGUAAGAGAAAGCGUACCGCUGCAGUGUUAUACAACAAGCCUACUGCUUCUGAUCUCAGUCACCAGGAAAACUUAGCUAAGAAAGAAGGUGACGAUCAUGGCAGUGGUGAGUUAGUCCUCGUUUCACCACCAAUAGCUUCCUCCUACAAUGACAGGAUUCGUCCCGUGCUCGAUGCAGUCGACAAGCUCCGAAACCUUGCUGUCAUGGAGGAAGGAGUACAGCUUCCCACCAUCGUCGUCGUCGGAGACCAGUCCUCCGUGAUCGAAUCACUCGCUGGGAUCAAUCUUCCUCGUGGCCAAGGCAUUUGCACCAGGGUACCUCUCAUCAUGAGACUCCAAAACCACUCGAGUCCUCUGCCGGCGCUUUUCUUGGAGUAUGACAAGAAAGUCGUUCGGACUGACGAGGAACAUGUCUCACAAGCCAUAAACAAGGCGACUCAAGUGAUUGCCGGACCUGGUAAGAAAAUAUCUAAAACCCCUUUGACUCUCGUGGUGAAGAAGAAAGGGAUUCCUGACUUGACCAUGGUUGACCUUCCUGGGAUCACCAGAGUCCCCGUUCACGGCCAGCCAGAAAAUAUAUACGAUCAAAUCAAAGAUAUCAUAAUGGAAUAUAUAAAACCAGAAGAGAGUAUCAUACUCAAUGUGUUGUCUGCAACGGUUGACUUUCCCAAUCCCACGUGUGAAUCGAUUCGAAUGUCACAGAGCGUUGACAAAACCGGAGAGAGGACUCUAGCCGUAGUCACCAAGUCAGAUAAGUCACCCGAAGGGCUCAAGGAAAAGGUAACUGCUGAUGAUGUGAAUAUAGGGCUUGGUUAUGUCUGUGUUAGGAACAGGGUCGGCAAUGAGUCGUAUGAAGAUGCUCGAGUAGCGGAAGCUAAGCUUUUCGAGUCUCAUCCUUUGCUUUCCAAGAUUGAUAAAUCGAUCGUUGGGAUCCCUGUUUUGGCUCAGAAGCUUAUGGAGAUUCAAGCCAGGAGUAUAGCUCGAAACUUAACUGACAUUGUCAAGAAGAUCAAUGAUAAGUUGAGCCAUAAUAUUUCCGAGUUCAAAACACUCCCCAAGGCCAUGUCUUCCAUGGCUGAAGCCAUGAGUGCUUUCAGGAGGGUCAUUGGGCAAGUCAAAGAGUCACUAAGGAAAAUUCUGUUGAGAGGAGAAUUUGACGAGUACCCAAAUGAUAAGAAGAUGCAUUGUAAAGCUCGGUUGGUUGAGAUUCUUAAUGACUUUUUCUGUGAUCUUAAAGAAUGUCCUCAGAGCAAUCCAACUAGUGAUUUUUUGAUGGAUGAGAUCAAGUACUUGGAAGAAGCCAAAGAGAUUUCUCUUCCCAACUUCUUUUCCCGGACUAUAUUUCUCUCUAUAUUACAAGAAAAGGUAAAUGGGAUUUCGAGUAUUCCUACAGAUUUUGUGAAAACGCUAUGGAGUUACAUAGAGGAGGUGGUGAUGACUGUUCUGAUGAGCCAUGUCCAAAACUAUUACCAGCUUCAACUCUCAGCCAAAAGAGCAGGGCUUAAUCUGAUAGAGAAGAUGAAAGAGAACUCUAUGAAGUGGGUUUCGGAGGUUGUGGAGAUGGAGAAAUUGACUGAUUAUACUUGUAACCCGGAGUUCGAAAUUGAAUAUAAGAAGCUCAUGGCUCAAAAAGAUGCAUUCAUGAGAAAUGUCUAUUCCUGCAAUUCUAUGAACAUUGAAGGUCUUGGCUUGGUUGACUUGGUGAAUCCAAGCAAAUCUCCACAUCUAUUACCUCAAGCUUUUGACUUGAGGAUGAAAAUGGUGGCUUACUGGAAUAUUGUGCUGACAAGGUUUGUUGACUCCAUGGCUCUGCAUUUGCAGCUGAGUGUUCACAAGCUGGUGAAUGACCAUUUGGAAAGAGAGCUUGUAGCCCAAAUGAUGGCUCCUGAUGGAAAUGGGCUGGAGAAAAUGAUGGAUGAGUCGCCAUUGGUUGCCACUAAGCGCGCCAAGCUGGAUGGCAGUAUUAACAAACUCAAGGAAUGCAAGGAGAUUCUAGCCAAAAUCAUGGACAGAACUGCUACCACUAGUUGUGGUGAAUGAAUACCUCUCCAAAGGUGAAGUCAAUCUAAGGUUCAUGGUAUAGUUUGUUGAAGUUGUUUAGUGAGUUGUGCUUUUGUAGUAGCUUUGUUAAUCUUUUGUGGUUUUUCUUAGUAAGAUUAGAAGUAGGGGAGAGGAGGGCAGUGGUCAUAGACAGUGUUGCUUAUGGAGAUUAGGAAAUGUUUGUUAUAACAGAUGGUUUCUUUUGGAAUAUGUUGUUGGUUCUAUACUGUCAUUUCAUUCUGUUUCUAGCUUUUAUCAAAUAUUUAGAGCUUUUGUUGGAAUGUCUGUGAGGCUAUCUGGCCCAUCUUAAUUAAGAAGUUUUGGUUUCUUGUCA